AUGUCGGGGCAAGAGCGAGAUCUCGCUCAUCAGUCCGGAGAUGAUCGUGUGUUGGAUAACGAGAAUGCCAUGGAUACUGGAAGUCCGCCCGAAGUCGAAGUACCUGCCACCCAAAACACAGCUGCCAAUGAACCGAUGGAAGCCGCGAAUCCGACAGAACGUGCACCAGAACCCGCGCGAAUUGAAGUCCGCAUAAAGACACUCGAUGAUAGAGAGACAACGAUGUCUAUUGGAAUCGAUGUUGGUUGCUUCGUCAAUCUGAAGUUCAUAAUAUCUAUUUUCCAGCAAACAAUUGGAGCGCUAGUCAAUCAAGGACGCUCUCAGCUGGGUAUAACUGAUGGAUUUCAACGGGUUAUUUUCCAAGGCCGAGUUCUUGAACCGACGAUGACUCUACAAAAUGUGGGCAUAGCGAACGGACACACUGUUCAUCUUGUUGAUAGAGCCCCCGGCGGGUGAGUCACUGUUCAACCAGCCCGUGAAUUGAAUUUUUCUACAGAAACAACGACCGCCCGAACAUUGUGCCUCCUCCCGGUGCGGGCCGUCACUUCAUGCAACCUAUGCCACCCGAUUUUAUUCGUCGGAUGGUUCCAGGAAUGGGCCCAGAUCGGGAACCUCCUAAUCACAUUAUACUGCCGCCUAUUCGAGUUCCUGGAGCCAUUAAUGGUCUUCCAGUGAUUUCAUCUCGUUUCGCAGAAGACAUAUUCCUUCAAGAAACGCAGGCCAUUCGGUUAAGAGGGAAUCCGCCACCAAGUCAGAGAAAUAUUCCUCCUAGAGACCUGUAAUUGAAUAUAUUUAUAAUCUCUUCAAAGCAAAAUGUAUUUCAGAAAUACACCAGCUUUCAAUUUUGAUCCACAUGCAAUUCAUUGGGGUAUCAGGAUUGUGGACGGGCUCAUGUUUCGGCCGAGAGAGAACAUCGAAGACCUCAUCAAAACUACGAUCAGAGACCUUCCGUUCCUUGACGAAGCUAUCAAAAGCCUUAUCACACUGAGAUGGGAUGCUAAUUUUUCAGAGUUAAGAAUCGAGUUUCCGCAAGUGUAAGAGCCGACUAUCUUCUGACAACGUCUAUUUUUCAUGUUUGCAGGUCUCCUCACAUCCCUUCCCCUGCUCUAGAAAAGCUUGACUUCCUCUGCUUCUGGGUUGAGCACAUGAAGAAAUUCUUGGAUAAAGUGGAAGAGCAAGAUGGACUGGUGGCCGCGGCCAGAAAUGUGCUUGAAAUGGCGAAGGCCAGACAUCGAUCCGACGGUCUCACACAGAUUGAACGAGAGCAUCGGAUGAAUGCACUGGAUGAUAUCGUCCGACAGCUCGAGAUACUUUCUACUGAACUCAGUCACAUGAAAGACUACGGUACGAUCAACUUUUCAAUGACCCACCUUUUGUCAUUGAUUUCAGAACGUGACCGCUUCAAAAAGAACGACAAUCUCGCGUACCGGAAUCUUAAGAUUCAGGAGUACUCGGAGACUCCUCGUCAUCCUCGUUUCUACAUGAGACAUGCCCUCGAUAUCGAUAUGACUAGUGUGCUCCGCGAAUUCAGAAUCCAAAGAGACCGACUAGGAAACCUCGAGGAUUUGAUGGAUGACCUUACCGACGCCGGGGCAAUCAAGUACGCUCGGGAUAUAAUGAGCAGCAAUAGAGACUACCGCUACCAAGCUCUGUCAGUCUUCUUCAAUUACAUGCAACGGAUGCGCCAUCAAGUAUCUCACAUGAGCCACGUGGUUUCGGAACUCGACGUGUCUUUCCUCACUCCCUCGCACCCACAACGUCUUCUACCACAAUACGCCACCAAUUUGCUCACUGUUCCGUUCACUCACGCGGCCACUCUCAUUCUCAACUUUGUAUCUACGAGGGCGCCUGAGACACCAUUUGAAAUUCCAGUUACUGCUAUAAUUGAACCGCCGAGACGUGCUGCCGAUGUAGGAGAUCGAGUGAAUGGAGACUGGCCGUAUCUUCCAUUCCAUCCGCCCAGUGUUCAUAUGGACGGUGUACUUCAAACUCCCCGCCGAAUCCCGGAGCCCCGAAUGCGUGUGCACCAACGCCCGGACAUCAACGACGACAUUCCCCUCGUGAUUCAGCCGCCGACACAGCGCGGACCUGCUCAAUCAGUGCUUUUCCAACACGAAGUUCAUCCAAGGCCUGCAGGACUUGCUGCUCUCGUAGCCGAAGAACCCACCCUGACCGAGUUCCUGCAGGCUCAACAAGAUUCGAUUGAAGCGGCUAUUGCACAGCAUGGAGGCUUCGUGGAAGGAGGCAGAGUGCGUGUGACAGCACGUGGGAGAAGAGUGAUGACAACGGGAGAUGCUCCAAGUGUCCCCGUGGAAACUAUGCCGCCACCCGGGGAGCCACAGCUAGGACCGAGUGUGCGAAGAGCCAGAUUGAACAUAGAGCCGAACGCAAGAGGACCCGAAACUGCGACGCUCGCCGCAUUGCCAGUUCAAAUUGAACCGAGUGAUGUUCAGAGAAUCGCGAGGAACAUUGCGUCGAGAUACCGACCGGAAGCUCUUCAUAGGAUCGCCGCAAGUUUGACGGAGAGAUUCAAUCAAGAGUCUUGGGAUACUCGCAUCCAGAACAUGCCGUUGUGCACUCUUCGCGAUAGUAUCGCUCUUGCUCUCGAGCUUCUUGUUUCUGCCGGAUCGAACAUAACUGAGUCGAGAGACUUGAUGCUUGCACUGGUUCGAGACGAAGACGUGCUCGUUCGAGCUGUUGCCGAGUGUGUCAAGUCGUUGUUCGGUCGUGGCGAAUUCCCAACACACGUGUCCCGCCUAAUAAUGCCUAGAAACGAAGCGGCCUCGGCGCGGACAGAUUACGAGUCUGUGGAUUCAGUGGAAGAAUCAACAAGUGACGAGCUAGAGUCUAUGAUUGUGCGAGUGCCAUCUGAUGUAUCGCAGCCUCAGAGUGGCGACUUGCGAGCCAUAAGAGACCGACGUGCGUCACGGCGCCAGUUCCUGGAAAACCGCCCACGUCCACAGUCCAGCACCUUAUCUACAGUUGAACCGCGAGGACCUUCGUUUAAUCCAGAAGAUCAGGCUGAAAUCCGUGCUGGAAGGCUUCCUUUGAGCAAUCGCACCAGACGAACUAUUAGAGAUGUAAAUGCACCAAGCACUCCUCCAACUGUGCACAGUGUUUUGAUUGGUAGUGAACAACCGGCGCAACUUACGGCCACUUUCCAUGUUCAUGCAGCCUUCCCCGCUUUCGGACCGUCCAUUCCUGGUCCAUCAUCAUCAUCAUCAACCGGCGCUGGACCAUCACUACGUCCAGGAGAGCGGCCUGCUCCACCAUCGAACUUCGUUGUUUUCCAAGUUCCCGAGUCGCGUAUUCCGCCGUCGACAGAAUCGCCAACACUAUCAAUGCGUAACCUACUGGACUUUGAAAUUGGCAUUGAUCCCACAAGCACACCGUCUCCACCAGCUCCAACUCCUCGGACAAUUUCUGCUCCGGCCACUGUGACAUCUUCACCGACACGCGGAGAAAGUUCUACUGAUGGAUCUUCAGAAAGCCCUACCUCAUCUGCUGCUCGUCAAGCUGCAAGGGCUGCACGUGCUCGCAUCGAUAGUCUUGCUGCCUCGUUCAACGGAAAUCUGUCGGAAGCACGCCGAGCUGAUCCCUAUUCGCCGAACCCUGUGACUCACUCAGUGGAUCCAAGAAGGCAAUCUCUGAGGAGUCAGCCGCCAGAGCCCUCAUUCAUCAGCAGCCGCCCGAUGGUUGCGAUCGAUCCUUUCAUGAACUGUGUUAGCCGACACACGGAGAUAAACCGACUACAGAACCCAGAGCUACAAGCAGACGCCGACAGAUAUACUCUGCUGUCGCUUCAGCCGGAUCCAGAACUUGCAAGUCAUGUUCAUGUGAGUUAAAAUCAAAUCAAUUAAAAUCAAAUAACGAGUAUUAAAAGGUUCAGGGAUUGAGACCGACUUCCGAAAGACGGGCUGAUUGCACUCCGGAGACGGACGAGGAUUACAACUAUGACGUGAUGCGUAAUCCGAUCGGAGAGCUUUCAUUCCAUGAUCUUGAAACGUUCCAAAGAUUUGUACGAACAACAACCCGCAGCCUUCUUUCGCAUGUUAUUGAUGCUGAUACUUUGGUCUCUAUCAGUUCGUUUGCAUUUCCACAAACUAGUUUUAAAACUAUCUUUUCAGAUAUGAACGGCAUAAGUGGUCAUCAAGGCGCGAAUCACCAGGAGCUAAUGAACAUGGUCAGGCGGCACGUUGGAAGAGUUCCCUACGGCCGAUACGCAAGCAAUCGACCGAGCUCUCAUCGUGGCGAUCCGCGUCCUCGAGAAGAUCCGACAAGCAUGAUUACGGCGUAUGAGAAUGAUAUGUUAAGAAGAAUUGAAGCUGGAAGAAAUCUAGCAUCCUCUCCGGCUCCUCGGAUGAAUAGAUCGCCAUUCCGUCCAGGAGUCAACGUCGAACAAGAACUCCAGAUUCCCAGUCAUGUUGCCCAUGCGUUGACCUAUCUGAUUGAUUACAUGGACAGCACUAGCAACCCGAGGCCUCCCGGACUCUUCGGCCUUCUUCUCGAUAUGGUCCACGGACGUCUUUUCAGACACGACCUGGCCCAACUCGCCCGUCGUAACACUGCUGAACUGAUCCUCACCGAAAACGAGUUCCAAUUCCGAGACUACCUUCGCAGAACUUAUCUCAGUACACGAGUGGCGGACCGACUGGCAGUCAGCAAUGAGGAAUUGCACGAGAUCGCAUCCGGAGUUGCCAAUGAUGAGACAUUCUUCAACGGAUUCCUUUCCCAGAAUCCGCAACUGCCGACUUCUUUCCUCAUUGGAAAUGAUAAUUCCAAUCCGAUAAAUGUCUCAUGGGCCUUCCGGCAAGUAGAGAUUGCUCUUCUCAAAUCGUUGUUCAAAUUGGCUGCUCAAUUAGAAAAUGGUGAGCUAUACAUCCAUCCAAAUUUUAUUACUUUAAGUGUUUACAGAUCCCCCGACCACUGCGCGCCUAGUGCUGGAAUGCUUUGAUAGCUACCUCUAUCGCAAUCUUAUGAUCUUCUGGCGCCUUUCUAACCGUGACGCUGACCGACAAAAAGUCCACCUCCGUCGAAUCAGCGACUUCUUUGUAAGGAUAGAUAUUAAUCUGUUUCUACAAUGAUUUAUCAUCUCAGGCGUCUAUUCGAUUCGGGAAUUCUGUUCCUCCUAGUUCAAUUUUUGUUAAUUCUUUCAUAGAAAACUGGAAUCGCAUUAUCGAAUACUGGUUCGAUAAAUACAUGACCGCAGAUACCUCCGAGGGACUUUUCACUUCUUUCUUGCUGGCAACUCGUUCUUCAAACGACUGGAAUGAUAUCAAUGAAUUAGUUGGCUCUCAGCCGUCGACGUCUUCUCAAAUGGCGUCAUCCACAUCAUUUGCUCAUUCCUCUUCCAACGGCACAGUCGCUUCUAACAAUAACUCAAGUAAGUCCUUGUUGGAAUAUUGUCUUUUGUCGCUUGCUUCUAUGUUUCUCCGCCUUUUUUAGCACGUUUUCUUUUUGUAUUCAGGCCAGCUGCGCCUCAAUUGGAAUCAAAUUUGGCGUUUCUUCCAGGAAAACGCAAUCACGACGGCGGCGACGGGAGCGCUGAUUGCGUGGAUGUGGUGGCGCCGAUGACGUCACUCUCCACCUCUUCUCCUUCAACGUCGUCCUCGACGCAACCCGGCCCUCCAGCUCCGCAGCCUUGA